AUGGCUCUCCCUCCCAAAUUCGCCGGGCAAAAGCUCCAAUUCGCUCAACCCUCCGCCUCCGACUCAGGCGUCGCCCACACAACUCACACCCUCGAGUUCUACCUCGACUACUGCUGCCCCUUCUCCGCCAAGAUCUUCCGCACCCUCAACUCCGAGGUCAUCCCCGCUAUCAAGGCCAACCCGGCCUGGGCCUCGAGCCUUACCUUCAUCUUCCGCCAGCAGGUCCAGCCAUGGCACCCUUCGUCCACGCUCAUGCACGAGGCAGGCCUGGCUGUCCUGCGCCUCGCCCCGGAGCGUUUCUGGCAGUUUAGCGGUGUGCUGUUCGACGAGCAGAAGGACUUCUUCGACGUCUCUGUGGUCAAUGAGACGCGCAAUAAUACUUACCGCCGUCUCGCAAAGGUCGCUGCCAAGGCCGGCGUGGACGAGGACAAGGUUUACGAGCUGCUUGUGAUUCCCGACAAGGCUGGUGAGGACGGCGCGCUGAAUGCGGGGAACCAGGUCACGAACGACCUCAAGGUUGUCACCAAGAUGAACCGUUUAAUUGGUGUUCAUGUUACACCCACUGCUGUGUUUGACGGCGUUGUGCAGGAUGUUAGCUCCGGAUGGACAAAGGACCAGUGGGUUGAGUGGUUGCAGAAGAAUGUUGCUUGA